UUUACGGACUACGAUAAUUCAGCGGAACAGUACCAGUGCUUAGCGGCCGACACACCACCUCUAUCGAAUUAACAGAUCGAUUGCUCGGCUAAUUGUUCAUAUCUGUCGCGUAUUUAUCGGCAAUAUUGCUAGAGUAGUUAAUCGUUGCAAUUUCCACAGUGAUAUUAUAUCGUACUUUGUCAAAGGACUAACACGACAUCGUAACGUGCCGAUAUCUCUCAAAGAACCUUUCAUUCGAAAAGACAUUAAAUGAAAAUUUAUUCGAACCGUUAGCGCGCAAAGAACGUAGAAUGAAACUAGAACUACUUUUACCAAACGGUACGUGUAAUAGCGUAAAAAAAAUUUUAAAUAACGCGACCAGCUACACCGGACGUCGCGAUCGGCGUCGGUCAUUCUGUCAAGGAGGAUCAAAGGGCGCGAUCGUUGACGUCGUUAGCGCUAAUUAAUCAUCGGCAGCCGGAUAAAUAUCGUGUAUCAGGGUGAUAACCGGUACGGCCGCGACGCGGCAGUAUCCGCCGGUAAUUAUGAACAGGCCAACUCGUUGGUCGCAGUCGACGCCGACGUUAACAGCCUGGUUCCCGAAUGCUUGCCUCGGCCGUUUCGACCGCGCUCCCCUGAACCGUUCAAUUGUUAAUCGGGUACGGGUAUACGAACCGUGACGUCCGUUGAAAGAACGCGAACGUAAUUACCAUCGCAACUAGUCGAAUCCUCAACUUAUUCGCCACCGCUUGCACACUUGCAAAAUUGAUAGCUGCAACCCGCCUUCCAUUCGCGAGAAAUAAAUUCGUAAAUUUCGUCGAAACGUUUCGUCAAAUUUUCACCGAAAUAUCGUAUUACGUUGAAACGGAAUGAAAGGGCGAGAGAAAAUUAAUCGAGUGGCAAAUUAAUCGUGACAGAUUUACCGAUAGCAGUGAUACCACCAUGGAGUAUCACCGACGCGUGGAGAUGAACGCGUGCCGCCUGUCCGAGAUGAAAAAGUCCGUACGGGAGCGCGGCUCGGCCCGUGGACGCUGAAGGGAAACGGACAUUACCGAGACUGCCACGAAACAACCGAUCCAGGAUCUAGGAUCCAGCCAACCCAAAAAGAAGCGAUCGAACAAAACGGACUUUUCGCGCUGGACUGGCCACGGCCAACUUGGUCCAAUCUCCCCGCGCGCCGCUAAUUAAUCUUUUGGCCGCAACCGCUCGUUCAACGACACCCAGCGGGGCCACCGCUACGAAAUAGAAUCGCGGAAAGGAGAUCGCGAACCAGCUAGCGGUUCGCAACAAAGAUAACGAGCUGCUCUUCCUCGAGGAUUUGCGAAGCAAAUAAUUUAGACCGAGUCGAGACUCUCGACCGUAAUUAGUAAAUAGUCGCGUCGAGUAUUUCCGCGGGAGCGGUUCGAUUUCCUUCGACCGAAAGUCUGCUCAAAGGACGAUCGACAACAAACCGUAACUCGUCGAAAUGCACUGUUCCGCUUUCGGUGGGCUCUGACGACAAACGAAAACCACCACGCGAGAUCGAAUCGACGAUGAUAAGUAUGACAAGCUAAUCCAGACACGGGGAGAGAUCCUUUGGAUUCGAGUGUCACCGACCAACGGAAACGUCAAAGUUUACCGGGUGGUAGCCGAUUGAUAUCGAAUCGCGAUUUACUUCGGUGCAGGAGACAGCCGACAACCUCCGAGUAAAAACUUUCGAGUGCGAUCGACUCGAACGCGAGACGCACCUGAACGAGACGAAAACUGGUGAUCUCUGAGCGAAAUAACGUCGAUAACAAACAUUUGCCAAGUGCUAGAUCGCAACGUUUGAUAUUUCGCGAGCGAGAUAUCGAGAUGGGAAGAAUGACGAGAAACCGCGACAAGUAAUUGCGAGAAGGGGGAGGAAAUCGCAGAAUCGGUGCUGAGAGAAACAGAGAUAUCCUGCGGGCUAGCCGGUCAGCCGACGGUGAUGGCAUGAGGACAUUAGUAAGGAAAAGCUGCGGGUCCAGCGAGGAGGAGGAUGAGGAUGGUGGUGGGCGUGAUGGUCCUUGGUCAGCUACUGGCGAGGAUACUGCUCGCUGCCCAUGCCGGCGAUCGACUCGCGGCGGCUCGCAGAAUACUCAGAGACGUGCCGUUGAUAGAUGGGCACAACGAUCUCCCGUGGAACAUACGGAAGUUUCUGAAGAAUCAGCUGAGGGAAUUCAGGUUUGAUGACCUCAGGGAUACCCACCCUUGGUCGCGGAGUGCUUGGAGCCACACGGAUCUCAGAAGAUUGAAGGAGGGCAUGGUUGCGGCACAGUUUUGGUCAGCUUACGUGCCCUGCUCCUCUCAGCACCUCGACUCGGUCCAGCUGGCCCUGGAACAAAUCGACCUGAUUCGUCGAUUGGUCAACAAGCAUCCUGAAAGCAUGGUUCUCGUUACCACAGCGGAAGGUAUCGAGAGAGCGCACAAGGAGGGUAGAUUAGCGAGUCUGAUAGGAGUGGAAGGAGGCCACGCAGUCGGAGCGAGCCUAGCAGUCCUGAGGAUGUUGUACGAGUUGGGUGCCAGAUACCUCACACUUACUCACACGUGUAAUACGCCUUGGGCAGAAUGCAGCACAGCGGAUGAACCCGGUCAAGUGGCUCGCAUCGGAGGUCUCUCCAAUUUUGGCAAGAGCAUCGUCCUCGAGAUGAAUCGAUUGGGCAUGAUGGUGGACCUUUCGCACGUUUCCGUACCUACGAUGCUCGUAGCUAUGCAGACAUCGAGAGCGCCGGUUAUCUUCAGCCACAGCAGCGCUCACGCUCUUUGCAAUUCUUCGCGAAACGUGCCUGACCACGCGCUGCGACGUUUGGCGCGUACCGACGGUAUAGUCAUGGUAUCCUUCUACCCCCAUUUUAUUAGCUGCGACGAAAAGUCAACGUUGGAGGAUGUGGCCGCUCACAUUGAUCACGUACGAGCGGUCGCCGGAAUCGAUCACGUUGGGAUAGGAGCCGGGUACGACGGGAUCAAUCUAACACCGACGGGCCUGGAAGACGUCAGCAAAUACCCGGAGCUUUUCGCGGAGCUACUAGCGCGCGGAUGGUCGGAGAAAGACAUUCAGAAGUUGGCUGGUCUCAAUCUGAUCCGCGUGUUCAAGACCGUGGAGAAGGUUCGCGACGAUAUGGCCGACGAAGGGAUCGAGCCUCUGGAGGAGGAAAUUCCGCACCAAGACAUAAUCGGACGAGAUUACUGUCGUUACAGCGUGAAACAACUGAUGGCCCCGUAAUCCUCGCCAAAGAAUGACUCGGAGAAAAGAUGGAAAGAGAAACGAUGGACACCGGGGAAUCGAAACUCUCUCUGGAACCGAUUCGACUUGGAUUCGGUCACCAUCGCUCUUCGACACUUUUUAUCGCGUCACCUCGUGAUUUUCGUUCGCGUACGUAAUUAGAUAGGUAAACUCGAUUUUCUUCGACAACUCCCAACUCGCGAAACGGAUCAAUGUCUAUCUCGGUGAAACGUAUAACGCGAGAUUCGGACGUUUGCGAAAGUGGGAUGAUUCGAUGACCAACACGUUCGUUUGAACAUCCAAGGACUUAGAGUACUUGAUGUUUAAUCUGCAAUCGACGAUUUUCCUCGUCGAUGCUGGAACCAAAACUGUUCUAGUCAAUAAUAAUUAUAUUAUAUAUUCGUAUAAAUCUAUUAUAAGUAUUAUAAUAUAAUACCUAACCCAGACCUAACCCAGACCAUUUUUUUUACGUGGAGGGGGAAAAUCUAGAAAAUGACUCGUUCGUUUCGCAGCGGGGUCACGUAUUUAAUACUGAAACUCGGCCCGGGCCGAAAUGUACUGCCGGAUUUCUACCGACUACAAACACCCACGACUCUCUUCGUCAACCCUCGCUUCCCAGGCGGUAUGACCGAUCGGUACUUUGCUCCAGGGCUAACUAACUACUCACCUACUCGAGAAAACUAUCUUUAGCGUGGAGUGCGCGCACUAAUUUACCUAACUACUUUAUCUAAACAAACAAACAAACAAACAAACAAACAAACAAAUAGGUAAAUACUGUAAAUACUAUUUCUAUAUAAAUACAUAGUACUCUUUGCUAUGUGUAUAACAACAACUCCCAGUGUUGGCCUGUCUACCAGAGAUCGGUCAUUACGUCCGCGCCUCCCUUCGAUCAAAGUUGACGUUGAUACAAGUUACAUAUAUCACGCGUUCGCGAUUCGAUAAGUUUGGUACGCGUUUCGUUAAUCGUAACCAUCACCUUAAGACUCGUAUACGUAAUAUUUUAAACGCACCACAAACGAUAUCUUUUCUUAACGAUGUUUUUACAGCAAACUUUUAAUAUAGUCAUCAUUUUAAUGAUUGCAUUCGCCUGUCGAACAAAGGACAAAUGAAAAGAGAAAACGUACUGAAUGUUGCGUCAUUAUUAACGUUUCGAUUAAAAAAAUUUGAAAAAAAUUAAAGAAUAAAACAAUGUAACGACCAUUCGUGUGCCAGUAGUCGCGAUAUCAACGAGCGUUAGCCUCGCGGUAUACGAUAUAUCCUAACGUUUCCAACAUUACCGAUACUUUAAAUAAAAUUUACGACUAAUCGAAUUACGGUCGUUCUUAUAUCGAAACUAUUUACCUGUGUUUUCUUUCGAUUUCCACUCCUCGCUCCUUUGCGACAAUUACCGAACUCGAAAACUUUUCCAUCAUGGAAACAAAUGGGACGAGUACUUGUAUAAAUGUUCAUAAACUAGGAAAACAAAAAAGAAAAAAAUCCCGGUAUGCGAUAAUAUCGAACCGCAAACGACUUAACGCAAGGUUAACGGAAAACGGAAUCGAAACGGGAAGUCGAUGUUCGUACGUGCGGGGAAAGGCUGACGCGGCGCGGCGUGGCGUAGGCCAGCCAAGUAAACCCGUGGAUGUAAAUUGAGCGCAUCGAUCCUCCAAUUUACAAGUAACAAAGGGCAUCCCGUUCGUUGGCGAUUCACACAGCGCGUAGGAACCAAUCAAGUGCAAAGCACACGCGUUGAAAUCGUAAACGCGGCCCGGUUUAUUGGCAAUUCGGGAUCAUACGUGCUGUAAAUUUCGACCGAGCUUGAUUAGAUUGUCGUUCCGCGGAUUUGAUAAUGGCUGAAUUACCUAAUCGAAUAAAUCAAUCGGGGCAGUCUGGAAAACUUUACGCAACACCGCAACCAGUU